GGACGCGUCGGAGGGGGAGCGGUGAUGUCAUCUGUGAACCCUCAGCCCACUCCCCCGAGUGAGAGGCGCUGAUUUGACUUUCUCAUAAUUUUUCUGCAGAAGUUUUGCGAAGUGAGCGAGACACAGCGCGACCGCGAGUUAAGAAACCCCGUCACACAGCCUCCGAGGACUAACUUUUCCGCGUUUUGAGAGCGAAGAUCGGACGCUCAUUAACGGGACAGGCUUAUAAAUCGAGCCCAUCAUCCUGGACGGGCUGAAAAGUUUCACGCGAGCGAAAUGAACCGGAGCUUUAAUAAUAAAUCGCAGUCUUUGCGCAGCUUGAACAUGAACGCGGUGGAAGUGAAAAGCAAGUAUGGAGCAGAGUUCCGGAGGUUUUCAGUGGAUCGAUUAAAACCUGGCAAAUUUGAGGAAUUCUACAAACUCAUCAUGACCAUCCACCGGAUUGCAAACAUGGAGGUGAUGAUCGGAUAUGCUGACAUUCAUGGAGACCUCCUCCCCAUCAAUAAUGACGAGAACUUCAGCAAGGCCGUGUCGACUGCACACCCCCUGCUGCGAAUCUUUAUCCAGAGACAAGAAGAGGUUGACUACAGCAGCUUCGGCACCAGCACUCUGACCCGGAAAAAGAAGGCUGUGGUCACUCUUCGCAAUGACCUGAACCGCAAACGGCCCCACAUCCGCAUUGGCAUGCCUCAGGAUUUCCGUCCCGUGUCGUCCAUUAUUGACGUGGACAUCCUUCCUGAAUCUCACCGGAGAGUUCGACUCUACCGGCAUGGCUCGGACAAGCCCCUGGGAUUCUACAUCCGUGAUGGAACCAGUGUCCGUGUCACACCCCACGGGUUGGAAAAGGUCCCAGGUAUCUUCAUUUCCCGUCUGGUACCUGGAGGCCUGGCCGAUAGCACGGGCCUGCUGGCUGUCAAUGAUGAGGUCUUGGAGGUUAAUGGCAUCGAGGUGACAGGAAAAACGUUGGACCAGGUGACUGACAUGAUGAUCGCAAACAGCCACAACCUUAUCGUGACCGUGAAGCCGGUGAACCAGCGCAACAAUGUGGUGCGCAGCAGUCGUAUCUCGGGCAGCUCUGGUCAGUCAUCCGACAGCAGCAGUUCGGUGGGAUACCCCGCCAUCACCGCUCCCACCGGUGCCACCGCCAUCUCUCAUGGCUACAGUCCAGAGGAUCUGGAGAGUGACGAGGAGUCGGACAUCGUAAUUGAGAGCAACAUGAAGCGGCCAUCACGCCGCUCCAAUGCCUCGGUGGCUUCAACUGCAUCCCGGUCCCAGACGCAAACGACCACCGUGACCCCUCCCAGCCCCCCUACACAACCCCAAGUGAGGCCGCCAUCCACCGUGUCCACAGCCUCUUUCCACUCUCAACCGAGCUUUAAUGGCACAGUGCACAGUAGUUUGAGUUACAAGUUGCACAAGGACCUCACCCUCCAACACCACUCCUACCACAGCAGCAACCCCGCUAUGCGGGAGAGCAAUGGCAGCCUACACAAAAUCCUCAGCAACAUGAGGACAGACCCCCGUCACAGCCUGGUUUUACCCAGAGGAGGGGUGGAGGAGGAUGGCACGGUCAUCACUUUAUAAUACAUACAGUCACAUAAAAUCCAGCCCUCCCAGAGACUCUGCCUUUCAGCCUGGGGCAUCAGACUUGACUUUAAACCUCACCAGACUUUAAGGGUUUCGGAAAAUGAAUAAUUUAACAGAAACAAUAUCUGCAAUUUUAUUCUUUUAAAUGUUUGCUUUCCCUGUGUUGUAAUGUCAAAAAUGUUUCCGAUUUAGUGGUAUGCGUCUCUUUUUUUAGCAGAGACACUUUUUUAUCUUUGUCUAUCAGUGUUUCUCAGUUCUUGUUUAGAGGUUCAUUUUAAUCAUGUUACCUACAUAUCUCUUAGGACCAGAAAUUGGGUUAAGACCUGUGCGUUCUGUUGUCUUCUGUUUACAGUUUGUAUUUGAAAACAAGCAUUUGCCCCGAAAAGCCAGUUGCAUUAGGCAAAUGCCAAAAUUAAUUUACACUUAAUCAGAAACACAAACUUUUGUUUGCCUUGCCCAAUCCAAGUUAAUAACUGAAUAGUAUUAUUAUUAAUUAUCAUAACUUUUAGUGAUAAAUAUGUAUCUGCUAUAUGUUUAGUACAUUUAUAUGCAAUAAAUGUACUAUUUGGCAGAUAUCCUCAGAAUGUUGGUUUCCAAAUAUAUGAUUAAAAAAAAGGCUUUUUUGAAAUUGCAUACAAUUUGUUUAGAUGAUCCUCUCAGUUCAAAUAUGCUGCAAGGCAUUAACUAUUAUGUUGACUUUGGUCUUGUAGGGUUUCAUUUGACUUGGUUUCUGGUUUAUUUGACUGCAGUGGAGUGUAAUGGGUCAUCAUUUAUAGGUAUUUCACACUUGUAUGUCUUCUUGAAGACCUUUUGACUUCAGUAGUCCAACGGAAUGUGACUCUGUUGGUUCUCUCUGUGUUUAGUGGAACACAUAUUUUCUGUCACCUAACUGUUAAUGAAGCCUCACCUCUGACCUCCAUUUAAAUCCCCACAACAGAACAGAAUGCUGUCUCAUAGUAGUCAGUAGUAGUCAUAUUUAAUAGCUUUUGUGUUAAUGCAGCCACUAAGCAUACCUAAAGGGAUAGAUCACCCCAAAAUAAUAAUAAAAAAAAAAUUAAUAAUUUACUCACCCUCAGGUUGUUCCAAACAUGUUUGCGUUUCUUUCUUCUGUUGAAAGAUGUUUUGAAGAACCAAACAGUUGACGGUAGCCAAUGACUUCCAUAGUUUUUUUUUCAGUCAAUGGCUACCAUCAACUGUUUGGUCCCCAACAUUCUUCAGAGUAUCUUCUUUUGUGUUCAACAUAAGAAACUCAUACAGAUUUGGAAUAUGUGAGGGUGAGUGAAAGAUGAUUUUUUUGGAGAACUGUCCGUUUAAGUCCAGUCAAACUUCAGGUAUUAAAUGCAUAGUCUUAUAACAUCCUGUUAUACAGUAGAAACGCACAGUUUAUACCCAGUAAUUUUGUUUAUAGAGAGAAAGUCUGUGGAAUCAUUUUUGUAUAUAAUUUAAAACCACUGUGGAUGUACUUUCUUUUGCUUUUUUGGUUGACUGCAUCAUUUUUAUCUUCUUGAACAAAGACUUACCUUCAUAUCCACCAUUUUUGUGCCUUACUGCCCCUCCUACAGACAUACUUCACUCAAACAGACUCUGUAUUUGGAUCUGACCACUGGAAAUAUUGUAAUUUUGGUAAAAGCAAGGACGUGGUAAAACACGUGCGUGUGCGAGUCGAAAUACAUUUGUUGUGAGUCGCCAUCUGCUGGUCACUGCCUGAACUGUUUUGCUGAAAAUCACAUUCUUUGUUUUGCAUUAAUACUUUUUCAUUCGUAUCACUGUUGAUGGCUUGGCUCGUCUGUAUGUGUAUCCAUUAAAAAUAAAUAAAAUUAAAAGAAAUCCCAAACAAGACGAGCUGAAAAGCACAUUACUAAAGAAAAGGGGUACAACAGAUUGUCUUAAGUCAGUCCUGUCAGGACAGGUUCAGUGUCAUAUUUAUGGUUUAAUGCAAUAAAUUUCAGUGUCUUAAUGUUCCUCAUAGCACAAUAUAUCAGUCAGGCAGUCAAACCACAUUUAAAAUGGUAGUUUAAAGCCUUUUCAGUGCAAAAAAUACAUGUGAAUAUUGUCUAUAUUGUUUUUAUUAAUGUCAGUCGUUUUUUUAAAUAAGUGCAUAAUAAAAUUCAGAGAUGGAUAUGA